GUUUAACGGCUGCUCUUUGACUUCAACAAUCUUUUUGAUGCGAGAAAAGCGGCCUUGAAACAUCGUCUCGUCGUCUCCCAUCUCUUCUCCAAGUGAAAGCACUCCAUUUAUCCCACAAGUUAGACUAUAACAACGAAUAGUUGUUGAUCGGAGUCACCAUUCUCCAUUGUCGACCAUGCCACCCAUGGCGACGAAAAGCCGAGGAAGUAUUCGGUCUCGCAUUGGGAAAUUGAACCCUGCCUUUGCUGCUGCUCAUGGGAUUCCCAAUGCUGGUAGCAACGAUUCCACAGAAUCAUCGGACGCUCCGAAGAAACAGACAGAUAAGAUUGCUUCCAAAGGGAAAUCAAAACCUACUACGAGUAGUAGGAAGGAAGAAGUCCCCAAGAAAAAUGUGGUGCUUCCAAUUUCAGCCUCACCAGUCAAACAUUCUCCUACCAACAACAAACAACCCAAAUCAAGUGAGAAAGCUAUUCAUGCUAUCGGCCGGGCUAGAACCAGUGGCAAGCUACAGGUAUCCGAUUCAGGAUUGGCAACUCCAUUGCCCACAGCACUGUUCGACUUUCCUUCUUUAGCUGAUUCUGUGGACUAUUCCUUGGACAAUCCCAACAAACUCAAGCCGUGGGAAGCCCACGUUGCAGAGACUCUAGUACUUGUGGAUUUCUCAGAUAAUGAAGGCAUCACUGAGUUUCCUGUCAUGGAGACUACUGAAAAUCAUCUCAGCACCAACAGUUUCGAGAGAUAUCGAUCCGUUCAGAUCUUUCGAGCAAGGCGUUGUCAGCUGCAAUCCUUUCCAGUAUCCAGCACAUUGCCAGAGUCAUGGCCACAAUUAACCACACUGGACUUGAGUGGCAACCAAAUGACAGGAAAUUUCCCACUUCUUCAUCUUCCCAAGACAAUCCGCGAGCUAGAUUUGUCUGGAAACCGUCUGUCUUCGCUCAAGAGUACCCAGGAUUUCUCCACAUCCAUUGACUUGCCUCAGUUAGUUAGUCUGGAUAUCUCCAUGAAUGAAAUCGCUUCCACGGGUAUCAGUCCUAUCAUGCACCUUCCCUGUCUUCAGCGUAUCAAUGUGGGCCACAAUCGGAUUUUCAACUUGAACUUCAUCUUGAAGGCAAUCUCGUCAUCUGAAAAGUCUCUCACUACGCUGCAUGCACCCAAGAGCUUGCUCUCAGACUUGGAUGGACAGCAGCCAAUUGACUUGACCGAGUUUGUGACGUUGACCAGCGCCGAUUUGAGCGAGAAUUCACUUUGUCAGAUCCCAAAGGUUCCCUUUACAUUGCAACGCCUAAAUGUCAAUGAGAAUAGCAUCAAGAGUAUUGACGGUCUCCUCGAGGACGAUGGUGAUGGGGAUCUCAUGCCAUCCUCGUUGGUUGUGCUGCAGAUUCAAAGAAACAAGAUAUCUUCACUGGAUCCUCGUACAGUGGCCAAGCUGGUUCAGUUGAAUCGAUUGGACCUUCAGCGGAACUCGUUACAGGGCCUGCCGCUGGAAUUAGGAAAGCUAACCAAUCUACAAUCAAUGUUCCUGGAAGGAAACAACUUGAACUUGCUUCGAAGCAGUGGAAUUCGAGGAGACUUGAAUGACACCAAGGCGAUCCUGACGAGAUUGCGAAACCGUGCCAAAGCCGAGGAGCAAGAAUCGAAAACAGCAGCGAAACAAGCUGGCAAACAGUCCACGUCCACGAGCGCACCGUGCGAUGAUACCGAGACUGUGUCGAGCGCAUCCUCCAAUUCCAGCGCGAAAUCAAAACGAAGCAACAACAGCUCGUCCAAUGGCGGAGGCGGAGAGACGGCUGCUAUGCUACCCUCCUUGAUAGUGGGGAAGAAAUCGCUGAACUAUGAGGGCAAACAUGCUCACAUGCUACCGUUCCAACUCAUGGAGGAGCUCAAGACCAGCUCACACGAUAUUGUGCAACCGAUUGAACAUUUCAAUGUUGCCAAGAACCAGAUCCAAACCAUUGAAAGUGAUUGGUUUCAGCUUCUUCCGCAGCUAAAAAGGUUGGAAGCGCAGGACAAUCGACUUGCCAGCCUGCCACCCAACAUUCGUGAACUUUCCUUCUCGCACCUGUACUUGUCACGCAACAACCUCACCUCCCAUGCAAUUCAGUUCUCGAUUCUUUACACAAGCCCCAAAAGCAACAUGAUCACCGAUUCGCUACAAGUACUGGAUUUGUCCUCCAACAACCUUGAUAGCUUUGCUCCUGAGCUGCUACGUCAUUUCAAGUGUUUGCGAAACCUCAACUUGUCACGGAACCGGAUCUCAUCUCUCCGCAACAUUGUGGAUGCACCUUAUCCUCUGUACAGUCCCUGUCUCGAGCAUUUGAGUCUAUCAGACAAUUGCAUUGAAGACCUGGGAGGAGACGAUUUUCCUCUUAUGCUCUUGAUUGGUUGCCCCAAGCUUCAAACGCUCAAGUUGGAAAACAACGAGAUGGAAAUGGUGCCCAUGACUCUAGGGCUUUUGGAAAAGCUCAAGGCGCUGGAUCUCCGUGGCAAUCCGCAACGAAUGAUUCGAUAUGACGUUCUCGACAAGAGCACUCCGUAUGUUUUACAGUAUAUGCGAAACCGCAUGACGUCCAAAGUUAAGGAAAAGGUCAAUACAAGACUGCAAGUUCUACGGGACCAGCUGUCGAACACCCCACAAUCUGCAACCGACGCCGGUCCAAUGGUACCACAAGUCAUCUCGAAUGAUGCCGUUGCUUCUGUGAUUGAUGAGAAUAAGAAAGCUCAAACCACAUCCGCUCAAGAAGCUCCAUCAAGCCUUGCGAUUCAAACCAAACUUGCCAAAGUUGCCCCUCCUCCCCCCCCACCGCCGCCGCCACCACCUCCUCAUCUUGCCAGACCAACCGCCUCUAGCAGGGCCAAAGCCACACCACCCAAGGCGACCACACCUUCGAGACCAACAGUGACAACAAAAUUUAGUCCUAACAAAACACCAUCUCCUCGUCGCCUGUCCAAUGCCAAAUCCAGAGCAGGUCUCUCCCCUGUGGCUCUGGGAGCCAAUAGUCCCAGUAAUGCAAGGCGGGGUUCGAGAAAAUCCGAAGAAGCGACCGUCUCAUCACCCUUGUUGAAGGAAUUGGAAAAGAACAUUGACGAGUUGUCCACCGAAGCAGACCGCCCAGGUCUCUCGGAAGCCAAACGGUAUGCCGUCAAGAAGAAGCUAGCCAUGGAACGAUCCAAACGUCUCAAGGAGGAGAGACGCUUGAAACAAGAGCGAGAACGUUCUCGCCCUUACCGUUGAAAUUAUCAAGUGUAAUGAGAUCACUUACAUCCAUGGCAAUCUAUAGUCCUUAGAGCUGUCCUUCUAGUUAGAUAACAAACUGAAAAUAACCCAAUAGUAGCUAGCUAUCUAACAUCUAGUAGACUACCGGGACCGCGGAAUGGGUGUGGGCCACCAACACUUAGCUAAUUUCCCUACUCUAAAACCCCCUUACACUUUGUGGGUACGCUGUACCGGUAGAGGAGUCCCUUUUGUGAAGGGACUCAACCCCGCCCGAUGCAUCGGCUUGG